UAAAAAUAAUAAAAAUGACUCUAAUAGCAAUGAUGAAAUUCAAGAAUCUAGAACAAGAGACCAAGAAUUUCAAGAAUUAAUGCAAUCUCUUAUUUCUAAAAGAAGAUUAGAUUCAAGUCUUUUUAUAAGCACCGAAUUAAAAUUACAAUAUUUUCAAAAUCGAAAAAAAUGGUUUAAUGAAAUAAAAACUGAUGCAAUAGAGAGUGCAAAUAAUGCAUUACAUGUAGCUUGCGAAGAGGUUAUCACAAAAAAAAAUGAAAUCUUGGAAGUAGAAUUUGAUUGUUUAUGGAGUAAAGUUAGAGAAGCUUCUCAAGCAAGUGCCGAAUUCAUAUAUAAUAGAACACCAAAAGAACAUGCAAAUCUUAUUAAAAUUAUUGGCAAAAUUAUACUUACUCUUUAUGAAUAUAAUAUUACAUUGAAUAUUGGUGAUGAUGGUGACUUGAAUACUAAUAAAACAUUAUGUGAAGAAAAAAUACCAAUAAUGAAUUUUUAUACCAAAAGCAUUUAUACUGCUGCUGCACAAAUGCAAAACCCUGAUAUUAUAUCACCAACUGAUAAUGAUCUAUAUAUAAUGCAAAGUGAAAUAUGUGUAGACCACCUUCUUGAUAAUCAUAAUAAUUGCUGGGCUGAAAUUUGUUGGAAGGUUCAAAAUUUCGAACUUUUUUUAGCAAAUUCUAAUUUAAUUGGAUAUACUGAAAGUUAA